UGCGAAUGAAAUAAAUAUACCGUAGACGACCCAGGCGCACCCGGUGUAAAUCACUGUUGUUUGGAAAUCUGAAACUGAAAGGGGUUUUGUUUUGUGAGUUAAGUUAAGUUAAUUGAAAAUUGAUCGAGAUGUCGGGAAAAGGGGCAAAAGGAUUGAUAACGGGUAAAACCCCAGCUUCAUCCAAAGAUAAGGACAAAGACAAGGAUAAGAAGAAACCUGUUUCUCGCUCCUCCAGAGCUGGUCUUCAGUUCCCAGUUGGACGUAUUCACCGUCUUCUGAAGUCAAGGGUGACCGCUAGUGGAAGAGUUGGGGCCACAGCUGCAGUAUAUUCUGCUGCUAUCCUGGAAUAUUUAACUGCAGAGGUGUUGGAGUUGGCUGGCAAUGCAAGCAAGGAUCUUAAGGUGAAGCGAAUUACCCCUAGACAUCUACAGCUUGCUAUACGUGGAGAUGAAGAACUUGACACCCUUAUUAAAGGAACAAUAGCUGGCGGUGGUGUUAUUCCUCAUAUCCACAAGUCUCUUAUCAACAAGUCCUCAAAGGAGUGAGGGUUAAAAAAUUAUUCCCAACUAACCUUGGUUAUGAAUUUUACUGUAAAUCUGAUACUAUUUUGAAUUUUGCUGAUAUACUCUUUUGACAUGUAUUAACUGACAUACUGGCUUCUGUGCUAUGGUACUGCAAGCUACAUGGAACUAGCUGUCUAGGUUGUUUAUUGGAGCAUGGUUAAUUAUCUACUUGAACCUAUUAUCUAUGUUGUUUUGAACUGGUUGGUAUAAUCUUUAAGAGUUGGUAAAUUCGUAGUG